AUGACCACCGCACAUCCAAAGCCUUGCCCCGAUGAUACCGUUCCGCCUCCACAAGUCGGUCAGAUCUGGCGCAUCGAAGAAUCCGUCUUCUCUCCUGUUGCCGCCUUUCUUGGAGCCAACAUGCCGAACCUCAUGUCGGCCUCCGUCACCUCAUUCGGCGACGACCGUAGUUCAAAGAUGCGCCCAUGCUUGGUCUUUGAAAAGCAAGGCCAGUCCUUCGAGGUCUAUCUCUUCGCGACGUUCGAGGGCGGCAAGACCAACCGGAUCCCUGCGGCCUUGAAGUACUUUCUGGCCGAAGUUGACCCACUCCUCCGGCCAUCCUCGGACUCCGCGCUAUCUCUUCCUUGCUUUCACUCCUCGCCAAGGUGGACCUAUCAUCCCCAGUACAUCGUCGCUCUCCCACACAAGACGUCGCCCCAGGCCGCGGACGGCUACGGCAAGGGACGCGUUCUAAACCACUUGGACCGCCCGUGGACGGCGAACUCUAUUCGCUGUAAACAUCUACUCAAGGAGUGCUGCGAUCUCUGUCUCACCUUUGAAUUUGUUGAAUCACAAAGGACGGCAUUGAAUGAGUUCUCGAUGCGCAAGAAGAGGCUAUUCUCUCAGAAGACUGAGAGGGAGCAGGCGACUAUGUCUAAGCAGUUCAGGAACUGUCUCAACGGGAAGAUUCGGGCGAGGGCUCGAGACAACGCGGACGGAUCGCUACGCUCCAUCGGUAGCGCUAUGUCUGAGGUCAGCAACGUGAGCCAGACCAGUUCUCGCAAAGACGAUAGAUCCGCACUCACGCCUCGUUCCACGGUAUUUGAUCAACGGAGCAUGGCUCCCAGAUAUCCCCCUUCGAUGCACUCGCACGCGAGCCGACCAUCGCCGCUCAACCCGCACCGCAACCAUCGUUCCGGCUCGCCUACGAACUCUUCCAGCAGCGAGAGCGAGCCAGAGCUACAGACCCCGGCUCUACCUUCCGCAGAGUUGCCAUCUCCUCUCGUCAAGGGUAUCGCCAUGCUCUCCAUCGACGCCGAUGCAGCAUCAUCGUACUCGAACGGUGCGCACGACUUGCGCUCUCCGGCGUCAGACGUCGUCACGCCCAAGUACUCGACAUUCCGAGGCAUCAAGACGGCUGGCACGCCUCGCACGCCGACUGCCAGCCUCCGGGGCGCCACACGUCCUGUGGCCCGCUUCUACGAAAACGCUAUCCAUACGAUCUCGGGCAAGCGCAAGGGAGACAAGGCGUCGCAAGAGGACGAAUGGCCGACGUUGCCGACCUCUCCGGUAUCUCCUGUGACUCCGACCAAGCAUCGUCGUCACGACAGCAAAGCAAGCACGUCCAGAGGCGUUUGA